UGUUCGGCUGCAGAGCGGGCGGCGGCGACAAUGGUGGUCCGCUUCCGCCUCCUCCUCCUGCUCCUCGCUUGCUCCCUCCUCUUCCUCGAGCUCCCCUCAGCCUCAGCCACAGUCUCAGGUAAACCAACUGUCCAUGAUGACUUGGAUCCAGCUCAGGUGACCAACCCGGCGAUGCCGAUCACAGUCCCGUCCACGAACCCAGCACCAACAAUCAUCACCGUGCCAUCCACGAACCCUACCAUCCCAAUCCCUUCCUUAAACCCUUUGCCCACACCUAUCCCAGCCCCCUCGACCGACCCUACUACCACAUUACCACUGCCAACUCCUUCCACCUCUGCACCGACCGCCCCAGCAGUCACCAAUCCUGUCACCACCCCAUCAACAUUCCCUCCAUCGGCACCAUUUACAAACCCAGCCGCAAAUCCGAUGGUGCCAGCUAUCGGCAGUACACCACCACCUACUGUUCCGGUUACCACUCCAGUCACAGCUCCGGCUGUGUCAGGGCAGCAAUCCUGGUGUGUGGCCAAGGCCGGCUCAGCCAAAGCAGCGCUCCAGGAUGCACUGGACUACGCGUGCGGCAUCGGUGGAGCCGAUUGCUCGCCGAUACAGCCAUCGGGGAGCUGCUAUUAUCCAAAUACCCUGGAAGCCCAUGCGUCAUACGCCUUCAACAGCUACUACCAGAAAAACCCUGCACCCACCAGCUGCGACUUUGGGGGCGCAGCAAUGCUUGCCAAUGCUAAUCCGAGCUCAGGAACCUGUGUCUUGGCAUCAUCCAUGUCUUCACCAACAAGCUCUACGGCUGGGUACAAUCCUGGGUCCACCGCUCCUACUACACCAUCCACUAACCCUGUUACUGGUGCAUCUGGUUCUGAUCCGGGAUCAUCAGUGCUGAACGCGAGUGGCUCAGGCAUUUCUGGAUCAUCAGACUUUGGGCCAGGCUUCCCAGGAGAAGGCAAUAACAGCAAUAGUUGGCGCUCAAUCUUGCCCUCUGGUUGGUCCUGGGUAGGCUUAUUCUCCAUGCUUGUGUUACCAUACGUCGGAGGCUUAUUUUGA